AUGCAGGUUACAGUCGCACCGGCAAGUAACAAAACGAGCACAGCUGCCAUUCGCUCGCUGUUAUUACAAAACCCGGAGGUCCAGGUCAGAGGCUUGUACCGCGACCUGAAGAAAGCCCCCGACGAGUUCAACUCUGCCAACAAUUUCACGGCGGUUCAAGGUGACGUUGGAGAUGUGAAUACCCUAGACUUCUCCUGUUCUGAUGUAGUUUUGAUGGUGCUUCCGCCUGCCUACGACGGACGUGACAUCGUUGAGUACGCUCAAAGAAUCUCAAGCAAUGUCAAGGCAGCGAUUGAGAAGGCUGGUUGUGUGAAAAGACUUGUUUUGCUCUCGAGCGUUGGUGCUGAGUUUUCGGAUGGCGUGGGUGAACUCAAAACAAAUCACAUCUCGGAACAAGUUCUAAGGACCACGGAUAUCCCUGAAGUUAUCAUUAUCAGAUGCUCAUACUUCAUGGAAAAUUGGACCAUGUCCGUUGAAACGCUCAAAGGCCCAGACCCCUUCUUCUUUUCGACCAUCACGCCACUCGACUUCAAGAUCGCCAUGGUUGCCAUCAGAGACAUAGGCGAAGCAAUGGCCACGCAGCUCACUCGCGAUUGGACACCGCCAACAAAGCCAUGCAUCAUGGAACUCCACGGACCAGAGCCGUAUUCUCCGCUGGACGCGCAGAAGGCAUUUUCGCAGGCGCUGGGUAAGGACGUUGAAAUCAAGGCGAUUGGGAAAGAAGAGCUUCCGGAAUUUUAUGGCAGGAUAUUUGCGCCGCAGAUUGUGAAUGAGUGGGUUGAAAUGAGUACAUGCUUUUUGCCAGGCGGUAUUGCAGAGAAGGAUCUUUCGAAGCCAAGUGAUGUUGAUGUUAUUUAUGGGAAGACAACUUUGGCUGAGGCUUUGCGAGAAGCGACAGCUGAACUGAGGAAGUAG